AUGUUUGAGGCCGAUCAAGUUCGGCUACCAGAGAUUGAUGAAGAAAGUCAUAAAAUAAAAGUGGCCGUAAAGCGUCGAGAUCAGUAUGGUUCCAUCUUGAAUAAGCCACUGGAACCUGUUAUUUAUCAAAAGCCACAGCAGAGUCUUCCCGCUACGGCCACGUCAAAUGAAAUCAUUCCCGUCGAAAAACCGGAUGACUUAAGUGAUUUGUCACAGGCUGAUACUCAAUUAGUCCAAGUCGGCACCGACAAGUUACUACUGCCCAAGAAAGCUCCAACCAUGCCAAAACCAACUUGGCAUCCUCCAUGGAAACUUUCGCGUGUUAUUAGUGGCCAUUCAGGUUGGGUCCGUUGCAUCGCUUUUGAUUCAACGAACGAAUUCUUCGCUACUGGGGCUGCGGAUCGGAUGAUUAAGAUUUGGGAUUUUGCUAGCGGCUACCUCAAGCUCACCCUCACAGGUCAUAUUAGUGCAGUUCGUGGGGUUGUUAUUAGCCCUCGCCAACCCUAUCUCUUUUCUUGUGGUGAAGACAAGACGGUUAAGUGUUGGGACCUUGAGCAGAACAAGGUCAUUCGACACUACCACGGUCACAUGUCAGCUGUCUACGAUAUCGACCUGCAUCCUACACUCGAUGUUCUAGUCACUUGCGGUAGGGACGCCACUGCCCGGGUGUGGGAUAUGCGAACCAAAGUUAAUAUCCACACGCUGAGUGGCCAUUCGAACACGGUUUCCUCAGUACGUUGCCAAGAGUCCGACCCACAGGUUAUCACGGCUUCGCACGAUGCUACCAUUCGUCUGUGGGAUUUGGCUGCUGGCAAGACCAUGGUUUGUCUUACAAACCAUAAGAAGAGUGUCCGCUCUCUUGCCAUUCAUCCGACUCAAAACGCAUUCAUAUCUGCCUCACCCGACAACAUUAAGCAAUGGAAGCUGCCGAACGGAACGUUCUUGCAGAACCUAUCAGGCCACAAGGCCCUCGUAAAUGCACUAGCCAUCAACAUGGACGGUGUUGUUGUUAGUGGAGGCGACAACGGUAGCAUGUACUUCUGGGACUGGCGCUCGGGAUACAACUUUCAGAAGCUGAGUUCUAUCGCCCAACCGGGUAGCAUAAAUUCUGAGGCGGGCAUUUUCGCACUGGCUUUCGAUCGCAGCGGCUCCCGUCUGGUCACCGCUGAAGCCGACAAAACGAUUAAAGUAUACAAGGAGGACGAGACCGCUACCGAAGAAACACAUCCAACGAAUUGGCGCCCGGGGAUUUUACGGAAGGCCAAAUACUAA